AUGUCUGACAAUUCAACCCCAGAGCCGCAGGCGACGUCCACUGCGAACACGACGCCCAUCAAAGGGCGUCAGAGCCGUGCAGUGGCUAAGCAAACCGCGGAAAAGCUGCUUACUGCGUUUGCAGAGGUGAAAACAGCUGAGACCUCUGAGGAAGAGCCUGGCAACGAUCGCGUUAUACUAGACGAGACUCCCGUCAAGAAAGAGACCAGAGGCCGCAAGCCGAAGAAUUGGGUACCACCGCCGGGGUACACUGCGAAGAAAAAAAGCUCGAAUCCGCCUUCCAAGACAGUUAUAGACGACGAUCUCUACCGCACGCUUGAACAGGAGUAUUACCAGGAACCGACACCUCUCGCAUCGAACCCCUGGCAUCAGAGGCCGGGAGUCAAAAGCACGCACCAGGGAGAGACAAGAGUGUUACACUUUCACGCAUUGAACGAGUCCUACGCCCGGAAGUUUCAGCUAGGACGAGAUCUGAUGGAGCCGAACAUUUUCCAUGUGAAUGAUGAGCUGGUGCAAAGUUAUCCAUUUGAACCCCUGAAAGCGAUCCCUGAUGGCAUUGCAGAUAGUAUUGAAGAGGAAAUAGCCUAUGAGGUCGUUUGCUCGCGCGUCAAUCUGACAGUGCCUGUCAAGUUUGGGUUUAAUGAUGGUGUACGCAAACUGCUCAAGGCCGAAGGCUAUGCACAGUAUCCAACUAACAGCGUCUUGAGACAGGGGUUUGUGGUGAAUACGGGUGGUGUUCCUUUGGUGAGCUCGUUUCUGAAUAAGCCCAUUGAUGGCAAACACUAUUUAUUUGUCUCCGUGAUAGACCGCGCCGGAACAGACACUUCGGUCCGCAAAGAAUUGUCCAUAUGUCAGCCACAAAGCUAUGAUGCGGCGCUGCAGGUAUACGAGGUGGAUCUGGACAAGCAGACAGUCAAUCACAAAAAGACUAUGGUCAUACCCUUUGGAGCCAUCACUUCGAUGAAAUGGCUCCUCAGCUCAGAUCCGGAAGACAGCUUGCUGGCCUGUGUUUGCAAGGAUGGGGUUGUCAGAGUGCUGAGAAUUGAUAAGCGUUUCGUUGAGUCUGGCCCGUAUUCAUGCCUCGUCGCCCCGUCUGUGCUUAUCAAUAUUCCUGAGUUUGACAUCUUCUCCUGCGACUGGACAUCCAAUACCACACUUGUUCUGGGACUGCGAGACGGGUAUCUUGCCGAAGUGAAUAUUACGAAGCCGGAAAAGCCGCUGUUUGUGUUUGGUCUCGACGUGGAGCACAUCAUCUCUGUGACGUCGACGUACUCUGAUUCGCUUUUUGGCGCGCCAUCUCGCAUAGUGGUGAUAUCAGCCACAGAUUUCUACUACUACCUGGUUGAUCUGGACAACAUGAGGGUGAUAGCAGAGUCUCAGAAGGCCAAAGUACCGUGCACCCAGAUCCAGUACUCUGCUCUGGUUGAUGGAUUUGUGAUUGCCGAUGCCACGAAAACGCCAAAGUUUGUGAGCAAAAAAGACAUCCAAAGCUACGUCACACUGAACUUGUGGGACGAUAACCAGGUGUUUUCCAUAGGGGUUUCUGAUUUUGCACCGUUUUUUGUGGCAGGCUACGUUAACGGUUCGGUCAGACUAUACAAUCCAAUCAGAAGAAUACACAGCACUGCCAAGCUGAAGGUGGCUCCCGCGUCUUUGCGCUUGAUGAAAAUGGAUGUCAGCAAGGACGAGUUCCGCUUGGAUCUCUCAUAUGUGGCAACAUCAGAGUCCAAAGACGUCGAAAGCCACUCCAUCUAUGACAACAGAAUUAAUGUGACAAGCUGUGCCCUGGCAAACAGGCCGUCCUGUUCCGGUUUGAUGGCAUGUUCGUUUGCGAAUGGACUGGUGGCCAUAGAACGGAUUUUGAGCGCAAAAUCGAUUUAG